UGUUGUUGUUAUUGUUAUUGUGAGCAACUUUGAGCAAAAAAAAAAAAAAAUGUGAAAAAAAAUAUUUACGUUUUCUGUGUUUUUUUUCAUCCUCGUAAUCAUCGUAAUAAUCGUCGUCGUCAGGCAACGAGAAAAAGAUGUGAAAUUCCGUUUUUGGUUAUUAAACAAAAAUUCAAUUGAUUUUCAUUUCUGGUUUUCGAUUUUUAUUAAAAAACUUUUUUUUAAAAAAAUUAUCAGAUAAACAAGUGUUUUUUUUCUCUCUCUCUUUAAACAAAAUCCAGCAACAAUGGUUGUCAAAGUGUUCAUUUCGGGUAUAUCGGCUUCAAAAGAAGUUAAAAAACAUCAAAUUCGUGCACAAUUUUUAUUGGAUUCAUAUAAAAUAAAAUAUGAAUUGAUUGAUAUUUCUGAUCCAUUAAUGGAAAAACAAAAAGAAAUUAUGUUACAAAUGGCUAAACGUCGUAAUGAAUCAACACCACCACAGCCACCACAAUUUUUUAAUGAAGAUCAAUAUUGUGGUGAUUAUGAAGAUUUAGAAAAUGCAAACGAUAAUGAUCAAUUAUUUCAAUUUUUAAAACUUGAAGAAGAUAUUACAAUUGAAAAUGGUGAUGGUGAUGAAAAUGAUUUAUUUAAUCCAACAGGUGAAACGGCGACAAAAGGUGAUGACAAUAUUAAUAAUAAUGUUAAUGAUGAUGUUAAACUAAAAGAAAAUGGAAAUAAUGAUGAUAAUGAUGAAGAUGAAGAUGUUAAAUUGGAAGUUCGUGAACAAGUUACUAUUAAUGGUAUUGUUUAUGAAAUACCACCUGAUCGUAAGAUUAAUAUUGGUGGUCGUAUAAUUGAUGUUGAUGAAUUAAUGAAAGAAGAAGGUGAUGAAAUUGAAUUAGAUGAUUUGGAUGAUAGAUUAAAAGAUGAUUUGAUUGACAAAAAUGAAGGUGAUGAUGACGAAGAAGCUGAAGAUGAGGAUGAAUGA